AUGAGAAGAUUUGAUAUAAACGUCGACGAUAUUGGAUGGAGAGUUUGUUCCAGCAACACAAUUGGAGAGAUCAAAGAAGCCCAUUGCAAGAGGCUUAAUGUUGACCCUCAGACGGUCGUGCUCAGGUUCCAAAAUCAAGUCCUUGAGGACAAGAAAUCCGUUGGGUUCUACGACCUCAAACACGACUCAAAGCUAACCACGGAGCUAAUCACCACCACGCCGGAAGUCAGGAUUCAUUUGAACCUACCCGACAACACAGAGGUGUCACUGACAGUCAGUCUAAAUGCCACCGUUCACGAGAUCAGAGAGAAACUUCAGCCGUGGAUAGGUGAGAAGAAAGUCGUCCUCAUCUUCGAAGGAAGGGUUCUAGAAGAUCGCCAUCAUCUUACCGACUACGGCAUCGGUGAAAACGACCGGAUUAGGGUUGUGCGAGCCAUUGAGCCAGAACCAUCAACAGAAUCAGCCAUCGGGAAAUCUGUGAAAGGCGUGCAUCUUUCCAACCGUCCACAGCAGUCAAGCACCACUACAAAUGAAGCACCGCUUGAGAUAGAGGUUCACUUUCACGACGGUGAACGCCUCUUUCCCGUAAUGCUGCAAACCAACUGCCCCGUUGAUUAUGCCAUUUGGGUUUUGAAGCAUAGCUCAAAGCUGAGGGGCAGACAGUUUCGUUUGAGCAGAGACGGCGUCGUCCUGGACAAUGCCAAGUCAUUAGAUCAUUACGGAAUUAAUGACGGGAGUCAUGUGGAUAUCUGUUGA